CGAGAGGGAUGUUAGGCUACCGCAUUCAGUGUCAUUGUAGCGGAUCGGAGAAAUCUGUUUUGAAUUUUUUUCUCAAAGCGAGGUAAAAUUAUAGAAUAUAAAAUACCAAAAUACUCAAUCGAAAAUAUCCCAGGCAGCUUCACGGUUUAGGGAAAUAAAGAUGAAAUCGUUGUGCAGAGAGUUUUCGAACAACCCCACUCACCAAAUCUAUGGCGUCGCCUUAGAAUAGCAGACAGCAAGAAUGAAUCCUAACGAGGUGAUUGUAAAUAGCAAUGGUGCAGUGGCAGAAAUUAUCCGAUGUGUAAACUUCUCAGCGGUCAAACACAAAAACCAGAGAAGAAAGGAUCCAGAGAAGACUCCAUAUAUAAACCACCCUAUUGGUGUUGCCAACAUUCUUACUCAGGAAGCAGGGAUUAUUGACCUUCAAGUCAUUCAGGCUGCUUUACUUCAUGAUACAGUGGAGGACACAGACACAACCUAUGAGGAACUGGUUACGGAGUUUGGGAAAGAUGUUGCUGAUCUGGUUAUGGAGGUGACAGAUGACAAAAGUCUGCCUAAAGAGGAGCGCAAGAAACAGCAGAUUGUUCACUCAUCUGUGACCAGCCACAAGGCUAAACUUGUCAAGCUGGCUGACAAACUGUAUAAUCUUCGUGACCUUAAACGGGCCACCCCAAGAGGGUGGACAGAAGAUCGAGUUUAUGAGUAUUUCCAGUGGGCAGCAGAUGUUGUGAGGGGAAUGCGAGGAACUAAUAAAGCCUUAGAAGAUUCAUUGAAUGUUCUUUUUGAAGAAAGGAAUAUUAGCUUCCUUUGACCAGAUAAACUGUCAGGUAAUGUAAGAAAUACAGCAGAUGGAUGCCGCACUCAUUGUGUUAGACAUCUAUAAUUAUUAUGGUUUAAUUUAAUAGAUUUUAACUCAUCAAAAACAUUCUAUAACUGCAUUUACAGAAGCAUGCCUCCAUGUCUCUCUCACUGGCAUGAUGCUGUAUAGAGAAUGUUCCAUUACUUUUGAAAUGAUUUUGUUUUGGACUGAAGAAAGUAACUGCAGAUUAUUUUCAAUGGUUUCUUCAUUUAGUCAUGUUAAAAAAGCUAGUGCAAGAUUUUGCAGUUUUUCAAUGACCACACACUUCCUACGUGAUAAUGACUAUUAAGUGAGAGCACAUGGUGCAGCAAUACCUGACAGUACCUGAAGCAUUUUGAGCAGUUAUUUCCCAACAUGGUUUUCACACAUUGUUGGUAAUCCAGACUGUUUUUCAAUGCUGGAUUUCUAUUCAGGUGUUAUGACAAAGGGACCAGUUAGUGUGUGUAGCCUACUUUAUGAGAAACGUUUUGUUUUUCUUCAUUUUACUUGGUCUGUUACUUUUGGAACUGCAUAAAAACACUGUGAAAAUUUUACGGUUUGAUGCUAGGUUUGUUAUAUGGUUUGUACACAUAUUUCUAUUUUCAUGUUUGUAAGUGAUGAGAAGACUUCAUAGUCUGGUGGCCAAUGCAUAGCUGGACUAGGUUGCUGGUUAGAGAUCAGCUUCGGCCAUCAGUGGCUGCCCAACUAGCAGCUGUUCUGCAGGAGAGAAUACUUGAACUAUCAAAGGCAGUAAAGAUGAUGGAAGUAAAGGGUUUGUCUCUAUCUUCUAAAUUCUGUGUCUAAUGGCUGUAUAGGACUCUGUUCCCUUUGUUUUGUAGGAAUAUAGGUAUUUUUUUUUUGUAGUUAUUUAUAAGUUUGUUCAUGAAUUUGACAAAUCGUCAUUCAGGCACCAUGAGUUGCCUUGAGGGAAGUAACUCCGUUAUUUAGUACUAAACAAUAUGUGUGCACUGUAAUGAUCAAGAUAACAUUUGAACUCAUUCAGGGCAUUAAUACCAGCUUGAUUGCUAAUAGUCAUCUAGGAAAUAGCAACGCUCUAGCAAAUGAAAAAUGAGAAUUUUAUUACAUAGCAUGUACAGAUUCUCUGUGCAUCAAUCUUUUUAUUGGCAAAGUUUUGAUAAUGAGCAUAUCAAUUAGCUCAAAUGGCGUCUUCUACAGACAUGAUUGUGAGGAAAGUGGAUAACAUGCAUUGAGCAGACUAGGGGAAAUAACACAGCACGUGUAAAGAAGCCAUUUAACUCCCUUGUACUAUAUUGGUAAAAUGUUGGCUUAGUUGUUAAUUGAAGGUUUCAGCUUUUCUGGUAUUGCAGCAAUGAGAGACAGAUACAAGGUUUCAGCUGUUCGGGUAUUGCUGCUAUGGGUAUAUGAGGUUUUAGGUGUUCUGUUAGUUCAUUUUUUGGUCAUAUACAUUGCUUGUGUGUGGUAUUAUUAUAAACAUAGCAAGUAUUACUCUUUGAUUUAUCAGUUGACACACUUUAGAAGUUGUCAUAUUCUAUGUAAUUUAAAAUGUAUUAUUUCAUAUGAGUUUAUAAGCUACAAAAAUACUAUGGAGAGAAAAGAAUGAAUGAUACAGAGAGGAAAAAUUGUUGAGGAUUUUUUCUAAAUCUAUUUUCCUUCCAACAAUGUAUCUUUUCCAACAGUGACAUGGUGCUGCCAGGUAAUUAUGUUAUGCCACGUUAAAUGAUCAGUGUGGUUGAAAACCCAGGAUUUUCUAUGUUAAAGGUGGUUAGGGGUGUGGGGUUGAAAAUUGCUUUUAAUACCUGGUCAAGUGUCUGAACCACUUGUUUCUUUGUUGCUGGAUGUACUGGUGGAUUGCCUUGGCCAGCACCAUAAUUUGAAUUGUUUCGUAUUUGAUUAUAUCCCUUUGAGUCUUUGUAACUGCUCCUCUGAGGAUCUCAUUUCACAUUAUUUUUCUUUCGUGGUCCUUUGUCCAUGCCCAGGUCUGGCACUGAUAUGUUAGGAAAUGCCAUGAAUGCUUUGGUUAGUCUUCAUUGGGAUGGUUAGGUAUCUAAGAAAUAGGGCCAACUGGUAGCACAAUAUUUUCAUUUUGAAGAUUGGUAUAUGUCCCUCUCUGUCAAUCUUGCCAUCCUCUGUAAAAAAAAAAA